GCAAAUCCGCCCAUUGCCAUUCCUAUAUAUUGAUUCAUUUACAAUAGGUUCAGAAAUAGCUGCCACUUGCACUAAGUGGCUAAACUCACCAUUAGCCAAAAGAUAUGGCAAUUAAGUGGCGAUCACUGCACGUCUCUCUCUACUGGUGCUUGUUGUGCUCGUUCAAUUUCACCACUUGCUUGAGAAAUGAGACCGACAGACUUGCUUUAAUAUCCUUUAAAGAUGCCAUACAACAAGACCCUUUUCAAGUCUUAAGCUCUUGGAACGAUUCCAUGCAUUUCUGUCAUUGGCGUGGUGUUAUAUGUAGUCGCCGACAUCCUGACAGGGUGGUAGCCUUGAACCUGAAGUCUCAGGGCUUGGUAGGAACAAUGUCACCGCAUAUUGGAAAUCUCUCCUUCCUCAAGAAUAUUGAUUUUCGAAAUAAUAGCUUUCAUGGUCAAAUUCCACAAGAGAUUGGUCGUCUGCGCCGCCUGAAAUAUAUUAUUCUGAGCAACAAUUCAUUCCAAGGUAACAUACCCACCAACUUAUCUUAUUGUUUGGACCUUAUGGAGCUUAAUCUGAUUGACAACAAGCUGGUGGGUAACAUACCUGUGGAGCUUGGAUCUUUACCAAAGCUUGGAGCUCUAGGCUUGGGCAAAAAUAACCUCACAGGAACUAUAACUCCUUCGAUUAUGAAUCUUUCAUCUCUUUGGCAAAUCUCCCUGAUGUCAAAUAGCCUGCAAGGACAGAUUCCAGAGGAAAUUUCUCAACUUAAGAACUUGGAAUAUUUGAUGUUUCAAGAAAAUAAUCUUAGUGGCGAGAUUCCUCGUGGACUCUUCAACAUCUCUAGCAUUCAGUAUUUCUCAAUGGGUUUUAACCAACUGCAUGGCAGCAUUCCCUCUAAUAUAGGCCUCACUCUUCCCAAGCUAUGGUACCUUUCAGUAAACUUCAACAAAUUAACGGGACCUAUACCGAUUUCAUUAUCAAAUGCUUCUGGCCUUACCGAAAUGGGUUUCUCUAUGAACGCUUUUUCUGGGUUAUUUCCCAAAGACCUUGGAAUGUUGAAGCGUCUUUUGUAUUUAGAUUGCUCUUCUAAUCAACUACAAGACGACUUAAGUUUCAUUGAGUCUCUAACUAAUUGUUCUAGUUUGACAGCUCUAGACUUGCAAUCCAAUCUUUUCCAAGGGAACGUGCCCAAUUCCAUUGCCAACCUCUCGAAAGACUUGAUGGCUAUAGCCUUGUCAGAUAAUCAGUUAAAAAAUACCAUUCCCCAGGGUAUUGAAAAUCUCCUUAAUCUAAGAUUCUUCCAGUUUGCUAGCAAUAAUCUCACUGGCCCCAUACUUAUUGAUUUCAAGAAAUUUCCAAAGCUGCAACUGUUGGAUUUGCAUAGCAACAAAUUCACUGGGAGUGUUCCAUCUUCAAUUGGAGGUUUGUCUAUGCUGACUGCUCUGUACAUGGGGGGCAACAAUUUACAGGGAAGUAUACCUCCAAGUCUUGGUGAUUGUCAAAAUUUGAUUGAAUUGGAUCUCUCUCUAAAUAAUCUCAGUGGUUCAAUACCCAAACAAGUUAUUGGCCUUUCCUCCCUUUCAAUUUCCCUUCUUUUAGCUUCUAAUGCGCUUACAGGUCCUAUCCCAUCAGAAGUUGGUUUGCUGCAAAAUUUGAUACGGUUGGAUUUAUCUGAUAAUGGAUUAUCUGGAGUGAUUCCCAACAGCAUUUCCAGGUGUAUGAGUUUAGAAAAGCUACAUUUAGAGGGAAAUUCAUUUGAAGGAGAAAUCCCUCAAAUUUUAGGUGCAUUACAAGGUUUGCAGGAGCUGGAUAUUUCACGCAAUAAUUUUUCAGGUCCAAUUCCAGAUUCCUUAACAGAAUUACAUUGGCUGAACUAUUUGAAUCUAUCUUUCAAUCAGCUUCAAGGGAAGGUUCCAGAAAAUGGCAUAUUCUUAAAUGCAAGUGCUGUUUCAUUGGUGGGGAACAGUGGUCUCUGUGGAGGUAUCACUGAAAUGAAGCAUCCUUCUUGCCUCUUCCCAAACUCCAAGAAGAAGAAAGUCUCCUUAAAAGUGAAAGUAGUAAUUGCAGUGGUCAUUGCUACAACAUUUUCGGCUCUCUUGGUGUGUUUUUCAGUUUACUUGCUUCGGAAAAGAAAGUCGAGAAAGAACAUUUCUGUGCCAUUUCCUGAGCACCAGUUUAUGAGAAUUUCCUAUGCAGAACUCUUCAAAGCGACGAAUGCAUUCUCUAUGGCCAAUAUUAUUGGUCUUGGUAGUUAUGGCUCUGUCUAUAAAGCUUUUCUUGAGCAAGUAGAGAUGACGGUGGCUGUGAAAGUUCUAAACUUGCAACAAAGAGGAGCGUCAAAAAGUUUCCUGUCAGAAUGCCGAGCUCUUGGAAGCAUUAGGCACAGAAACCUCUUGAAGCUACUAAGUGUCUGCUCUAGCAUUGACUUUGAAGGAAAUGAUUUCAGAGCUCUAAUAUAUGAAUUUAUGCCUAAUGGAAGCCUGGAGAGAUGGUUGCAUGCUCAUAGUGCGGGAGAUGAUGGACGAGAAACAGAAUCUAGAAAUCUGACACCACUAGAAAGGCUCAACAUAGCUAUUGAUAUUGCCACCGCAAUUGAAUAUCUUCAUAGUGGUAGCCUAUCAACAAUUAUACAUGGUGAUCUAAAGCCAAGUAAUGUUCUUUUGGACGAAGAGAUGACAGCCAACAUUGGAGAUUUUGGCUUGGCUAGGAUUGUGUCUUCAGUUUCUGGUGAGAUUCAACAAUGUCGGAGUACUUCUGGAGUAAUGAAGGGAUCCAUUGGCUAUGUCGCUCCAGAAUAUGGUAUAGGCGACAUAGCUUCUAUCGAGGGAGACGUCUACAGCUAUGGGAUUCUGCUAUUAGAGAUGUUUACAGGAAAGAAACCAACUGAUGAGUCUUUCAAAGAUGAUCUAAACCUUCAUACUUUUGUUGAGACAUCUUUUCCUCACAGGGUAAUGGAGAUCGUGGACCCAAGAAUUCUUUCAGGAGAUGAAGGGGUGAGCUUCAAGGGCUACAUCAUCUCUGUACUGAGAAUUGGAGUAGCAUGCUCCAUGGAACAACAAAGACAAAGAAUGGAGAUGAGAGGUGCAAUAAGUGAAUUGCAGAAGAUUAAAGAUUCUUAUCAGAAGGAAAGACUGAAGAAACGGACAAGGAAUGCUUAUCAGAUUGGAGUCCAAGCAGCUCCCACAAUCCAAACUAAUUCUAAGUAUCAAAUAGCAAUGUUAUCAAACUAAGUACGGUUGUUAUGGUGUUCCAGUCAGGUACAGUGUGAAACAGCAAUUUCAGAAGAACACAAAUCAGCAGCUGCUAUGUGAAAGUAAGCAACAAAUUAGACCAAAAUCAUUAGUGGCCAUUUACCAAUAAUUUAUUCACUGGAAAACAAAAAAAAUUAAAAUAAAAUAAGGAUUUGAAGUACAUCUACUAUUUUCUCAGAAUACAAUAUUUGAAUAUAUUUCAAUUUUGUGAAA